UCAAAACAACCAUUGACCACAAGAAAGCAAGCAAACAACAGAGCUUCGGUGAAACCAAGAAAACCAUAGAAGUCAAUGCAAACCUCAUCUUCUGAUAGUAACAGUAACAGAUUUCCAUAUGCAUCAGAGGGCUCCAAUGGACGGCAUCUUACAAUUCUUCAUGAGGGGUCCGGAGACAACACAGAAGCUAGGGUAGCUCCUCAAAGGAAACCCUUAUAUCUUCAAGAUUUGUCAAGUGAUGAAGCUGAUUUAGUUAAUCUGCAAAUUGCAAACACCAGCAAGAAUUUGAUAAGCAUAGGUGUUCAGACAGACACUGUUGUUUUCAUCUCAUCAGAUGAAGAAGCUGCAGCAUUUCACCAAUGGCAGCUAGGUAAAACAUCUUCAGCAGGAGCCAUUAUAACUCAAACUUCACUUCCAGAAUUAAUAUCAUCAUCUCAACAAACAGAGGAUUUAGACAAAACUCUGACUAGCCCCAAAGAAGUAUCCACCAAAGGCAAUGGACAACUGUAUCCAAUGUCUCCACAAAUAACCAUAGUCAAUGAGAAAGCAACAAAACAACACCAAGACGACACCAAUGCAACAAAUAAAGAUACCGGUUUGAUAGAAAUUUUAUAUGAUCAUGAUGAUAUAACAACAACUACAACACAAGACAUCCCAAUUGCCAGUAUUGAUGACUCUCUAGACAUUUUACUUGAUACAACAACACAAGACAACAACAUUAACAACAUUGCUACACCAGAUAAAACACAGCAAAAAAUGGACAAGAUCAUUAGCCUAUUGCAAAAGAAUCAAGAACCAAGACCUUCAUUAGAUUUUGUAUCUGCAUUAUUACAAGAGGCGAAUCCAGAUGACAUUGUCAUUAUUCAACCAUCAGAAGCUGAAGAGCAAAACCAGCCUACCAUAACACAGUUUUAUCCACCAUGUCCACCUGUAAAUGAUCAACAACCACCAACAGUUAUUGAUGAACUAGCUUUCAAUAUAGAUACACCAGAUAUACCAGAUGACCAGCCAUCAGUUAACAACUUAACCUCUACCAUACCCACAUCCCAGUCAGCUCACAAAACAUUGAAACCGUUACAGGCAACAUUCUUGAAUUAUCAUCGGCAUCUGACUUGUUAA